CCAGGGACCGUUUGCUUUCCGAGGGGGUAAUGUGCAGCCACUGGGGAGGCUGAACCCUGCUCUACUCCUGCCAGUGCCAGAAGAGUUGGAACAGCCCAUAACUGUGCAGGAGAUUAGGGAAGGUGUGUGCUAAUUGGAGUGCUGAGCUGCCUCUGGGCUGGAGCCACGCGUGUGGAUGCGGUGGCAGAGUGUGUGUCCUCUCCCCUGCCCGGUUCCUGCCAGCAAAAGGAUUGUGCCUGCUGUACAGCACCCCAGGGAUUGCUCACCCCACCACCUUCUCCCACAGCACCCCAGGGAUUGCUCACCCCAGCACCUCACCCUGCAGCACCUAAAGGAUCACUCACCCCACCGUGUCUCCUCGCUCCUGCGCCUAUGUCCCAGCUCCAAGCGACGGCAUGAAGAAAUCCUCGUACUCAGGAAUCGGCCGGACUGCCAGUGGAAGGCUUCGGAGACUCAGUGACCAGACAAGUCCAACUCUGAAAAGAUCUUUUGAGGUCGAGGAGGUAGAUCAGUCUUCAAAUUCCUCCACCCCACAAAGACGGACCCCGAACCCCCUCCUCAGGUCCACUGUGUCCAGCUCCACGCAGAAGUUUCAGGAACUCGGCACCAGGAACUCGGAGCCGUCCGCCCGACAUGCGGACCCCACAGGCCAAAGAUCACCCAAGCCCCCUCUGAGGAGAGUGGAGCUCUCUGGACCCAAACUGCCUGAGCCGGUGUCCAGAAGAACAGAAAUCUCCAUUGACAUCUCCUCCAAGCAGGUGGAGAACUCCACCUCAGGGUUGUCGAGGUUUGGCCUCAAAAGAGCAGAUGUGCUGGGGCACAAACCCCCCGAGCCCACCUCACGGAGGACUGAGAUCACCCUCGGUAAGCCCCAGGAGCCGGGGCUGCGGAGGGUGGAAGCGCCGCCAUCAAAGAUCCCCGAGAUGCCCCAGCGCAGAGCCGAGGCAGCCGCUGCUCCUGGGCCCGACGCGGCCACCAAGCGCGUGGAAAUUCAGGUAGCGAAGGCUGCCGAGGCCCCGGCCCCACCGGCGCGGCACACGGAGAGCUCGGAGCCUCCCCUGGCCACCCAGGCAGAGCCAAAGCCACAGCCCCUGCUGAUGGAGAGCCCACCAAAGAGAGAAGAAGGUCCAGAGGCAGUUCCCAGCCACACACCCAGCAUGACGGACGCUCCGCGGGAUGUCGGCCCCAAGCAGGCGGCGCCGACGCGGCCGGAGAAGCCUCCCGCGGACUUUGGCUACGUGGGGAUAGACGCCAUCCUGGAGCAGAUGAGGCGGAAAGCCAUGAAACAGGGCUUCGAGUUCAACAUCAUGGUCGUGGGUCAGAGUGGCUUGGGGAAAUCCACAUUAAUCAACACCCUCUUCAAAUCCAAGAUCAGCCGGAAAUCUGUACAGCCAACUUCUGAGGAGCGAAUCCCCAAGACCAUUGAAAUCAAAUCCAUCACUCACGAGAUUGAAGAGAAGGGAGUUCGCAUGAAGCUGACAGUCAUCGACACCCCAGGCUUUGGAGACCACAUCAACAACGAGAACUGCUGGCAGCCCAUCAUGAAGUUCAUCAAUGACCAGUAUGAGAAGUACCUGCAGGAGGAAAUCAACAUAAACCGCAAGAAGCGGAUCCCUGACACGCGGGUGCACUGCUGUAUAUACUUCAUCCCAGCCACCGGCCACUCGCUGCGACCGCUGGACAUCGAGUUCAUGAAACGCCUGAGCAAAGUUGUCAACAUCGUCCCCGUGAUUGCAAAAGCCGACACGUUAACGCUGGAGGAGAGGGACUACUUCAAACAACGGAUAAUGGCUGACCUGCUCGCCAACGGGAUCGAUGUGUAUCCUCAGAAGGAGUUUGAUGAAGACUCUGAGGAUCGGCUGGUGAAUGAGAAGUUCAGGGAAAUGAUCCCAUUUGCAGUGGUGGGCAGUGAUCAGGAAUACCAGGUUAAUGGAAGAAGAAUCCUUGGAAGGAAGACCAAGUGGGGCACCAUUGAAGUGGAGAACACAACACACUGUGAGUUCGCCUACCUGCGGGAUCUCCUCAUCAGGACACACAUGCAGAACAUCAAGGAUAUUACCAGCAACAUCCACUUUGAAGCCUACAGGGUCAAGAGGCUGAACGAGGGCCAGAGCUCCCUCCCCAACGGCGUGGCCGACAAAGAGCUGGUGGCUAACGAAAUGUAACCGUCUGGCUGCGUGGCCAGGACCUCGCUCGCUCACGCUCACUAUCUCCCCUCUUCCCCCUUUAUUUUUAUAUCAAUCCUCUGCCACUGUCCCCCAUCCCACCCCCACCCAACCCCCUGCCCAUGUUAACUGACCAAAUAACCAGUGGCUGCCUCUGCCGUGCGGACUGGGGUUGGCCGCUCAGCCCCCUGUCCCGCAUCCCUGGGCUGGGGACUGUCCCCCCAAGGGAGGUCAAGCUGUCAGCGGCCCCCAGCUCAGAGGAGCAGAUGUGUGGGCCCCAGGACUCGUGCCUGCCCCUCCCUGCAGAGGCUGCUCUCCGUCCGUUGAAGACAAGGCUCUCUGCAGGUGAACGUAGCCUUUGGAAGCGAGGUACGGUGGUAUGAAGAGAGAGCCAAGGCUCUGCCAAUCCUUGUUUCCUGCCACCUCCUCCGAGCCCUCUGCAGCCCUCCAGGACCGCUUAGCCCCCAGCCCAACCCCUCUACCUUGCCUACAUGCAAUAAACUGGGAGUGUUUAGGUGUCACCUCGCCUGUCACCAGCCCCCGGCCAGGCAGAGCGACCUGCUUUGGGAGAAGUGCCUUUUCAGACUGUUACCUUGCAAUAGCGUGGGAGAGGGGAGGGAGGGCUUGCCUUGUCUGUCUUUGCAGCCUGCAAAAAGGCCUGUGAUACUUUGUAGAGACUCCUUUUCCCUCUCCCUUGGACCACUGAUGUGGCUGAUGUUCUGGGAACACGUGUGUAUUUAUUUUCAUUCAGCUGGGCGGGUUUGUUUCCCCUGAAGGCUCAGAGGCCGUUUGUCCAAAGGGGGCUGAGAGUGGAACGUCUCUGCAAAGCAAUGGUAGGAGGCCGAGGGUUGUCCUGUCUGACCCUUGUGAUUUUUGGGGCUUUUCCCUGUGUCAGAGGAGCCUGUUGGGUAUUUUUUAAUUAUGUUUUUAAAUCAUUUUGGAUGCCCCAUGUGCCAUGUGUGUGUGUAACACCCUCCUGUUGUGCUGGUCCCUGUGCAAGGGGCCUGUGUGUGUGCAGACCGAGCCCUGCAGCUGUGGCGAGGGCUGGGCUAGCAUUUGGGGGUACUGCACCCUGUGCCUCCCUCUCUGCUUCCUCUCUUGCUCCUCUUUAGUAAGUUUGCAGGAAAUAAGACCCUGCAAAGGGUCAGUUAAAUAACGCUGUGCCAUGGGAGGUCCUGGAGCAGAGCUCUGCAGUCCUGCCCCCGCCCUGCCUCUGCCUGCCUUCCUGACCUCUUGCUCCAUCAGUCUCUGUGUCCUCUGAGGGAUAAAACUUUCUGCCAAUCACCCUCUUUUGGAGGAAGGGGCAUAUUUUAAUGGCAGUGUGUCCCAUCCUCUGGCACUGGAAAGUGCCUGCAGAGCCCACCCAAUGUCUCCAUGGGGUUAAAACAACCUUCAGCGCGGCUGACCAGGAGGAAGGAAGAGGUUGCUUUAACCUCAGUGGGGAUGCCCAGCUGGUGGUGUUCAGUGGAGGGUUUGCAGAGCCUCCCCUAAUACACCCCCCCACAACCAACAGCCAAAGGGGUGUGUGCAGAAGGGCAUCACAAGGAGAAUCCCCUCUCUCCCUUAUGUUUCCCCCCACAACAGCACGAUGGAGCUGUUGGGGAAGAACAGCUCUCUACUUGCUGACUUGCUAUAUUUUAGCAAAAGCAAACCCUCAAACAACUAUUAACUGAAAAAAACCCAGAUUUCAAGCGUUACAAAAGGCCUAGGAAAGGGGAGGAAACUCCUCCUGUGCCAGGCAGCUCUGCAAACACCAUCUUCAACUCUUCUUUUCCCUCUGAGUCCAUCUCUCCAGCUGGGCCAAGCACGACACGCCGCCUUCUCCUUCGGAACCUGAUUUAUUGUGGGGUUGUCUUUUUGAAACAAGAAAAGAAUACAGUUGAAAAAAAAACCCAAACCACUUUCAUCCAGAUCUAUUAAAAUGGCCUUUUGGGGGGGGUUAUAAGCAUUAUGACAAAUUUAGUCCAUUUUUGUAUAAAUAAUAGUGUUUAAUAUGUAUUUCCCGAAAUAAAUGUU